CCGUGUGGAGGGGGUCCGGUCCGAUCCGGUGGCCAUGUACUGCUUGCCUGUGUAUCGGCUGGGGACAUCUCUGCGCUGCUGAUCCGCCUCCGCUUGGGAUGGUUUCCUGCUGGCUCCGCUGUGAACGGGACUCUCGCUGCUGUGUUAGAUCCGCUUUGGACUGGACUCUCGCGACUGUGUUGGAUCCAUUGUGGAUUGAACUUUCACAGUAUCAUGUUAGACCCGCUCGACAUCCAUUGCUUUCCUCCUCUCCAAGGUUCUCAUAGUCAUCAUUGUCACCGACGUCCCACUGAGUGUGAGUUUUCCUUGCCCUUAUGUGGGCCUACCGAGGAUGUCGUAGUGGUUUGUGUAGCCCUUUGAGACACUAGUGAUUCAGGGUUAUAUGAGUAAACAUUGAUUGAUUGAUUGAUAUAUAUAUAUACACACAUGAAUAUAUAUAUAUUUUUUUUUUUUUUGGGGGGGGAUUGUAAAAAAUAUUGAUCUAAUCACUGUAGUUUCGACCAUAUAUUGUACAAACCCCGUAUCCAUAUGAGUUGGGGGGGGGUUUGUGCAGCCCUCUGAGACACUAGUGAUUUAGGGCUAUAUACAUAAACAUUGAUUGAUAUCCUUUACACACUGAUGUCUGUUUUUGACGCAGUACCGCCUGAGGGAUCGAAGGUCCAUAAUGUCAUCGCUUACGUGCAGUGAUUUCUCCAGAUUCUCCGAACCUUUUGAUGAUUUUACGGACCGUAGAUGGUAAAAUCCCUAAAUUCCUUGCAAUAGCUCGUUGAGAAAUGUUGUUCUAAAACUGUUUGACAAUUUGCUUACAAAUUGUUGACCCUCACGCCAUCCUUGUUUGUGAAUUACUUAGCAUUUCACGGAAGCUGCUUUUAUACCCAAUCAUGGCACCCACCUGUUCCCAAUUAGCCUGCACACCUGUGGGAUGUUCCAAAUAAGUGUUUGAUGAGCAUUUCUCAACUUUAUCAGUAUUUAUCGCCACCUUUCCCAAUUUUUUUGUCACGUGUUGCUGGCAUCAAAUUCUACAGUUAAUGAUUAUUUGAACAAAAAAACCCAAAGUUUAUCAGUUUGAACAUCAAAUAUGUUGUCUUUGUAGCAUAUUCAACUGAAUAUGGGUUGAAAAUGAUUCGCAAAUCAUUGUAUUCCGUUUAUAUUUACAUCUAACACAAUUUCCCAACUCAUAUGGAAACGGGGUUUGUAUAUAUAUAUAUGUAUAUAUAUAUAAGUGUGCUGAAGUUAUUAAAGGAACCUGCAAAGAAAAACCGCAGCAAAAGUGCAUUUCAUGGGGUGGGUUUAUUCUUGCAUGUCAAUAAGAUAAAGAGGAAGACAGUCACUCUUUCCUCUCGAUUUCUUUGAACGUCAUGACCACCUUCUCUUAGCGACCUGUGGACGCACACAUUUCUACUUCUUCACUUACUCCAGUAUGAGUCCGAAGACCGGGUUGGUGGUCCUCCUUCUCUGCAUGCCAGGGCUGCUCUGUGCUGAGUGGGGGGGGAACUACUCUAAGAAGGAGAUCUGUGCAAUUAAAGGAUCCACUGUAAAGAUUCAGUGCUCCUUUAAGUUCCCGCCCAGAGAAAACGGGCGUGAGAUCAAGGUCAAUGAAACAUUUUGGUCCACCAAAGAUCCGCCUGAAGAUCUGACACUGGACCCUCAGUACUUUGGUGGUGUGCAGUCUGAGUGUCAUGGCAACAACUGCAGUCUGACCAUCGCAGACGUGAGACGGACUGACGUGUACAUGUUCAGAUUCAUGACUAACCAUUCCAAAGGAGGGUACCUCGUCAAGCCUGGUGUCAAAGUGACCGUCACUGAUCUGAAAGUACAAGUGACAAAUCCCAGUCAUGGUUAUGUUCUGAAGUGUGUCAGCACCAAUUGCAGUACUUGGUCUCCUUCUUCAUACGUCUGGUAUAAGAAUGGAGAGGAAAUCCCAAAUAAAAAGUCCCAAGUGUACAGAGUAGUAGAGUAUGACUACGUAGACAGUUACUCCUGUGCUGUGAGAGGACACGAGCAAGCUGUGUCUCCUCCAGAGUGUGUGGGGUACAGCUCAUGUAACAAGGUGGUUUACCACAAGAGACACAUCUGUGCCAUCCAAGGAUCAUCAGUGGACAUUACCUGUGAAUACAAGAGCCGUGAAAAUAUCCUGACACAAUUCUGGUUCCGUACCGAUUCUAGUCACCGGAGGAACCCCUCCUUUACUGAAGACCCUCACUAUGAAGUUCGUCUUGAUUUACCUUCUGAGACUUCUGGAAAAAGCACACUGAGAAUUAAAAAUGUGAGGCAGAAUGAUUCUGCUGAGUACCGCUUCAAAUUCACCACUUAUUCUGGAUGGAGUAGUAUUUCACCUGGAAGCACCUUGACAGUCGCAGAUUUCCUGAAAAGACCCUCAGUGUCCCUGAGUGAUACCGGGGACAUAUUGGAGGGUUGUCCCCUGACACUGACCUGCGACAUCGACAACUACAACUACUCCUCAGCAACAGAUGAUUACUGCUGGUACAAGAAGAAGAAUGUGUCUUCAGAUGAUGAAGUCCUCAGGAAAGGUCGAGAACUGGUCUUCCAGUCCAUCAAGUCUUCAGACUCAGCAGAGUAUUGGUGUACUGUGGAGAACCAGCUGGGGAAAAACUCAUCCGAACCUGUCUUCAUUGACGUCCAAUAUCCUCCCAGGUGGUCGUCUUUGUCCGUCAGUCCGUCUCCUGUCAUCCUUGAGGGACAGUCGGUGAAUCUGACCUGCAGCAGCGAUGCUAAACCGGCCGCCAACUACACCUGGUUCAAGGACAACCAAACUCUGACCCAAAAUCCACAAGAACUUUACAGUUUCACCUCCAUCCGUCCUGAAGAUGCCGGAACAUUCCACUGCAUGUCUGAGAAUAAACAUGGACACGUCAACUCUUCAACAGUUGUCAUAGACGUCCAAUGUUCCUGGAGUGUCACCGUGGCAACAGCUGGGGGCUCAGUCGCUGGUCUUGUUCUUGUUCUGCUGGUCCUGGUUCUCACCGCUUUCCUGGUGUGGAGCAAAAAGAGGGCAUCAAAGGAGUCCAGAGCAAAGUCCAGCGCGGGUGCAGAUUGUGGCGAGGCUUCAACCCGGGAACAGAAAGAAGUCGUUUAUUCCCAAGUCCACUUCACCACAUCCAGCCAAGGUCCGGUCUACGGCAACAUCACGCCAUCUAUGCCCCGCAGCAGACACGUGGUGGAGGAGAUGGAAGACGGCGUGGAGUACGCCACAGUCCAAAGAGCGUGAGAGCGGGAUGAGCUCCUUUCACUUUCAUUUUGCUCGUCCCAGACGUGGGACGAAGUCUACAACGAAAGGAAGUAUUCGAUGCGUGAAGAUUUUGCGGUCAUGUGACCACAUCACCUUCUCAUUGGGGCUCAUCCAGGCCUUGAUUGUCACCGCAGCGUCAAUAAUUGUAUGUUAGCCCCUCCCCUUUCUCACAAUCAUCAAUAUGACUGUGAUCUAUUUCUUAUCUUAUUCAAUGAUUGCACCAACAUUCAUCUCUUUUAUCACCAAGAUCCAUCCCGGUCUUGCGCGGGUCUACAAUCUUUGCUCCAUUCUGUUAAUGAGCUUUGAAUGAAGACAGACUUUGUGUCCCAGCUUUUAAACACACAGGAUGUUCAAUUAGGAACACUUUCUUAAAGGGACAGGACUCAUUUGUGUGUUUCCUGGACACAUAAACACUCUGUGAGUCAUGAUGCUAGUAGAGAUGGGAGAUGAGGCAAUAUACAGUUUAUGUAUAUAAUAUAUGGUCGA